AUGCCCCGAACGACGUCCUCCUCCUCCCCAUCCUCGUCCUCGUCCUCGUCUUCCCCCACCCCUUCAUCCUCCAAUUCCAAAACUCCCAGCACCGACCCCGACCCCGAUAGAGCGCACACGACCGCCCUCCCCUCCCUCAGCCUCAUGGCCCCUCGCAGACCACACAUCCUCCCUCGGAUCGACGAGCCCUCAUUCCCCCUUCCAGCCCAGCACAGGCGCGCCCUCUGCUCACCGAGCGUGAUCCGGCGACUGCUGUUCUUCUCGUUCAUUGCGUGUGUGGGGCUGUGGAUGCUGGGGAGAGGGGGGAGGAAGGAGAGACUGUGGGAUUAUUAUGCUGGUGAAGAAGCACAUUACCCGGACUCGCCCUUACCCCCCACCCCGCCUUCAAUGCCGGAACCGGACGAAGUCGUCUCCUACCUUCCUGUGCCUGUACCGGAAUACGAGGACCUCCCACCGCCAGACCGCCCGCCUAUAUCAUACGACGAGGAGGACGGUCUUCCCCUUCCCUCCUCCUCCUCCUCCUCUCCCCAAACUACAGGCCCAAAGACAUACGAAGACGACCCCGAUCCUAGUGGGACGGUGCACUGUUCUUCCCCCGUCUCUGGAAAGUCUAUCGUCCAGUAUGCGCUGAUGCUCGAUGCCGGCUCCCAAGGGUCAAGGAUCCACGUGUACAAGUUUCAUAACUGCCUGUCCUCGCCCGCCCUCGAGUGGGAAGUGUUUGUCCAGACCCGGCCUGGUCUGAGCGCGUACGCGUCCAACGCCCAGGCUGCGGCGGAGAGCUUGGACGGGCUGAUGCAGGAGGCGGUCAGGGUCGUCCCGGAGAAACUGAGGGGUUGUACGCCUGUUGCGGUCAAGGCGACUGCUGGGCUCAGACUGCUCGGAGUGGAGGAGAGCAAGGAGAUCCUUUUGGCUGUGGAGAGGAGGUUGAGGGAGUACCCUUUCCAGGUCAUCGAUAAUGGAGUGGUGAUCAUGGAUGGGAAGGAUGAGGGCGUCUAUGCGUGGAUCACGGCUAACUACCUCCUGGGAACGAUCGGUUCCUCUGCCACGGCUUCCCACAGCACGUACGCCGUGCUCGACCUCGGGGGCGCCUCGACCCAAAUCGUGUUCGAGCCUCGGUUCCCUACGCCCGACUCGGCGCUAGAAGAAGGCGACCAUAAGUACACCCUGCACUUCUCUGGCCGCACACACUCCCUCUACCAGCACUCGUACCUCGGCUAUGGGACGAUGCAGGCCCGCAGGCACGUGCAUAACCUUGUUGGGUUCAUGUGGGACUUUGCAAAAGAGGGAGGAAGGGGACUGCAUGAGUUUGAACUGGUGGGAAACCCUUGCUUGGCUAGGGGGACGCAGAAGCUUGUGGAACUGGAGCUGAACGAUAAGGUUAACGUGACGAUGCUUGGUGCGGAUGUGGGCAGCUUCGAGGGGUGCAAUAGGGUGGUGGAACUUGUCAUGGCUAAGGAUGCGUAUGUCUUCAUCUUUACUUUUGCUAUAGUGUCUAACCGUGUUGGUAGGAUCUGCCAUGUCAAGCCCUGCGCGUUCAACGGCGUGUACCAGCCCUCGAUCCUCGAUACGUUCCAGACCGGCGGCAUACUCAUCCUCUCCUACUUCUACGACCGUCUCACGCCCCUCCUCCCCCCUCUCAGCGCAGACUCCGUCCGCUCCAUCCCCAUAAGCACAUUUGCCGACCUGGCCGAGCGUGUCUGUGCCGGCCCCUCCUCCUGGGCAGAAAACUUCAGCCACCUGGGGGAAGAAGUGCUCUCCGAACUCGAGGGAAGACCAGAAUGGUGCCUCGACCUCACCUUCCAGCACGCGCUCCUUCGCCUAGGUUACGAAUUCGGACCGGAGAGAAAGGUCAGGACGGAGAAACAGGUUGGCGGGGUGGAGCUUGGCUGGGCGCUCGGCGCGGCUCUGGCGAUGCUUGAUGGGGAAUUGGUAUGCAGGAUUUGAGCGCGUUUGGCCUAGACUUGUGGGCGUGUGUUUGUAUUUGUCCUCCUUUUGGAGGUUGAGGGAGGUUGAGGGCUUGAGCUGUGCUGUGUGAUACCUUGGAGUGGC